GCAAGUCUGCAGCCAUAGCAGCAAAAUCGAUAGCAUAAACAAAGCUACCAAAAUCUUUAGCUAUCAGGGCUCUGGUGGUAUUAUUUAGCUAGAUGGCUAGCUUGCUGCAUUUCUCUACGAAGUUGGAUGGUUUAAUUGGAAGGAUCUUUCGAUUGGCAAUUAUUUGACACUUUUCUGAUUUGAAUCUGGUUCCAGCGUAUUGUGGGUUGUCUAUUAAUGUGUAAAGCUGACAAGCUUUGAGCCAGAUAAAUUGCUGCUAUACUAGUAUACAGUAUUGUAGCUUGCUAGAGCUAGUUACUGCAAUGUACACGUAAAGCAGCUAAGCUAUUGCUCCGUUAUCUGAGCUAGCUAACACUAGCUUGAAGUUCCAUACUAGCGAGCGAGCUACGUUGCCAACAUCGCUUUCUGACGUUGCCGCUACUGUAGCUACCAUCCUAUAGUUGUAACAGUACUGUACUUAUAGCUAUAUGCUUAGCAUGAACCCAUUAUUUGCAGAAAAUACCAAAAUGGGGCGAUGAUUAUGGGUAGGUUUAACACAGCCACGUAGAUAGUUAAUCUACUGUUGUUUACCAAUAUUACAAACGAAGGAUUUGGUUAUAUAUUUUGGCAUUCGUGUUUUAACUAACUAGAGCUAGGUACCUUACAGUAGUGUAUUAGCUAGGUGAAAUACAGAUGGCGUUUCAUUGUAAAUCAAAGUAGGAAAGAAAGCUAUAUGAUCCGUUUCCUCAAACAAUUUGGAUUUUGACUGCAAUGUUCAGUCUGAUGGCGAAUUGUUGCAAUUGGAUGAAACGCUGGCGUGAGCCUGCAAGGAAAGUGACGCUGGUCAUGGUGGGGCUCGACAAUGCAGGGAAAACCGCCACCGUCCGAGGGAUCCAAGGAGAGAGUCCAGAGGACGUAGCUCCCACGGUGGGCUUCUCAAAGGUGGACCUGAAGCAGGGCAAAUUCGAAGUGACCAUCUUUGAUCUGGGUGGAGGCAAGAGGAUCCGGGGCAUUUGGAAGAACUACUACUCCGAGUCGUACGGCGUGGUGUUUGUGGUGGACUCGAGCGAUGUGCAGAGGAUCCAGGAGACCAGGGACACCAUGGCUGAGGUCCUCAGACACCCGCGCAUCGCUGGCAAACCUGUCCUGGUGCUGGCCAACAAGCAGGAUCGGGAAGGGGCAUUGGCCGAGGCGGACAUUAUUGAGAACCUGUCACUGGAGAAGCUUGUGAACGAGAAUAAGUGUCUCUGUCAGAUUGAGCCUUGCUCGGCCGUAUUGGGCUAUGGCAAAAAGGUGGACAAGUCCAUCAAGAAUGGCCUAAAUUGGCUGCUCAACAAUAUCGCCAAGGACUACGAGGCCAUCACUGAGCGUGUGCAGAAGGACACUGCAGAGCAGAGAGCCAUGGAGGAACAGGAGAAAAAAGAGAGGGCAGAGAGAGUACGGCGUAUAAGAGAGGAGAGGGAUAGACUAGAAAAGGAGGAAGCGGAGCAAGAGGGCAGGCCCAUCCAGGUGGAGGAGCCUAAUGAUGGCAACAUGCCCAGCCCAUUUCAGCCAAUCAUCACCGUGAUAUCUGAGAAUGAAGACAAACAGAAGAUGGAGAUGAAGAGGCUGCAUGAGACACAGGAGGGUGGGGCCAACCGGCCAAGGGGCGGGGAGGAGGAGGAGGAGGAGGAUGAAGACGAGGAGGAGGAGGAGCCUGACAGUGAGAGACAAACGCCAGAGAGCAUUGGUACAGCUUCAGGCGACCAGACCAAGAAGAAGACCAGGAAGCUCCGUCUGAAGAGGAAACACAGGGUGGACCCCCUGAGGACGGAAGAGGGCGCUCCUGAAAGCCCCACCCCUCCACCCCCACCUCCAGUCGGCUGGGCUACUCCCAAAGUUUCUAGGCUGCCUAAACUGGAGCCACUGAUGGACACAAGACGUUCUGACUUCUAUGGAAAGCCCCUCCCCCCUGUCGCGAUCAGGCAGCGUCCGAACAGUGACACUCAUGAUGUCAUAUCCUAACCCUGCACCCCCUCCUGACAGUUCACUGACCCUACCCGUAUCCCCCAAAUCACAGCUCUCUUCUUUGGUUUCUGUUCAAAGUGCGUGCUGUAUAGAAAAAGGUUCGCCAACCGAAGAAGGCAUGAGAUGCGAUGGCCAAUCAACGU